AUGACAACUGGAUCAUUAGCCAUUCCAAGCGAUCCAACUCCAAGUUGGCCUGAGCCCAAUACAGGCAUUUCCAAGUCCCAAAAUUAUGCAACGGCAACAUCGACCGUCAUAGCCGUAGUUGCACCCAUGUUUGCCUUGAUUUACUUUUGCCCCCUGUAUUUGCUAUACAGACAUUCCAAACGGCAUCCCAGACCGAUCAAUAAGGUAUCUGGUGCACGUUUGCAGCAAUAUGGUCCAGGUAUGAAAAUCAAUAAAUGCUCUAGCGCUCUUUGGUUAUUACUUCAAUAUCGCUUCAACGAUAAUCAGCCUAGUCCAAUGACUCGAAACGGCAUUCGGCUCCUACUUGUUGCAAGUUGUUGGACUACUGUGACCGCAGGCACUUAUACAUUGUUCUUCUUGGAUCCACUUUGGUCUAAGCAUCCAAUUGCAUCUAUCGGUGCUCAAGCAAUCUGGGUCCUGAUAACGUGGACCUUCUGGAUUGCUGGUGCAGCGCUCCUGAGCGAAUCCAUCUUAACACUGACUCUCGGAAUGUUGACCAUUAUAUGGCUUGCCUGGGGAUCCACUCGAGACAUACGAAGGCCUCGAUGGCCUGAGCGACUUCAGGCGUAG